AUGCAGUGGAUUACCAUUCUGAUCGCACUUGGUGCCUUCUCUACCCAGGUAUACGGAGCUGCCACUGGCAGUCUCUUCGAGAAACUUCCGAUAACAACCCCAACUUGGGAGGAGGUGGAAGUUACUCCAGGCGGUGAUAAGGUCACCUUCAAUGGCACCGUGCAAGAAGUGCAUGCACAACUCCUCAAGCUGAACCCCAACUACGACAACGACUUCCCCGUCAAGCGUAACGAAGAGCCAUCCAGCUUGACGAAGCGAGACUUUACCUAUGAGAAAUACUACUGCUGGGGAGAAGACGGCUGGCAUUAUGCCGACAAGUCCAGCAAACGCGGCGAUAAUGGUGACCUGAAGGAUGGGAUCAAAUACCUAAAUAGCAUAGGAGGCACACCCGGACAGUCCGCUGGCACCUGUGGUCGUCGCAGUUGCUCAUACAAUAUGGCCAUCUACUGGUGCAACGCGAUAAGUUAUUGCUCCAAUUCUAAGAAACACUAUCUCAAGUCCUAUGCCACUAUCGCUGAUGGCGCUCAGUUCCUUUUGGACAAGUGCGGUGGAGAUAACAAGCCCCAUGGGGAGGUGGUCGCCCCUAAUCACUGGAGCGUCAGGGUUGUAUCGGAUGCCUGUUAA